AUGUGAAAUGGCAAUCCGCCCGACCAUCUGCAUACAAUUUGACCAGGCGGCAGAUUAGGUCGUGCUUGCCAUGUCAGACACUGUCUGAAGCUGCUUGGAAGUCGAGGAGCACAUUGUAAACACGUGAGCGCCUAUGUUCGCGUGCUAUAAAUGUGAAGCGCUCGAUCUGUACGCACCGCAAGUUGUCAUCUUCAUUGAGGAGGGCGAGGCUCCUCGUGGCUCGUACCUCACUGUACUUUCUCUCUUUCUGCCAUCACCAUGGCCGCCGUGAACGGGAAUGCGACCUCGAGCGACUGGGACGAUCGCUACUACCACAUUGACCAAAUCCUAGACAGGCCGGGCCCCCGUACCGAUCCUUCGUUUCAGGCAGGGGAUGAUGUAUGUCUUCGUGUUUCGUAUUGCGAUCGACACCGUUUACAAUCUUGUCUCUCAGGUCAAGAAGUUCUUAAGAAACAAGUGCAAGAUUCUUGUUAUUGGUGCGGGCGGUCUAGGAUGUGAGAUCCUUGCCAACCUUGCAUUGUCUGGCUUCAAGGACAUUCAUGUCAUUGAUAUGGAUACCAUCGACAUCAGUAAUCUGAAUCGGCAGUUUCUCUUCAGACCGAAGGAUGUUGGCAAGCCGAAGGCUAUUGUGGCAGCAGAAUUCAUUAUGAAUCGGGUGCCGGGUGUGAAGGUUACACCUUACUUUGGCAAGAUCCAGGACAAAGACGAGGACUAUUAUAUGCAGUUCAACAUCAUUGUCUGUGGCCUCGACUCUGUAGAAGCUCGCCGAUGGAUCAACGCCACACUAGUCAAUAUGGUUGAUGACGAUAACCCCGAAAGUCUGAAGCCAUUGAUCGAUGGUGGUACCGAAGGUUUCAAGGGCCAGGCUCGUGUAAUUCUCCCUCAAUUGACCUCUUGUUACGAAUGUUCCUUGGACAUGCUAAACAAACCAACCGCAUUUCCGAUUUGUACUAUCGCCAACACACCACGAUUGCCAGAGCAUUGUAUUGAAUGGGCUUCAGUACUGGAAUGGCCUCGUGUAUACGGAGACAAGAGACUGGAUACAGAUGACCCAGAGCAUAUUAACUGGCUUUAUAACAUUGCUCUUAAGCGCGCGAAGGAGUUCAAGAUCGAGGGUGUGACAUGGUCACUUACACAAGGCGUCGUGAAGAACAUCAUUCCUGCAAUCGCGUCAACGAAUGCCAUCAUUGCAGCAUCUUGCUGUAAUGAGGCUUUCAAGAUUGCGACAUCUGCUGCUGCGUACCUAAAUAACUAUUUCAUGCUCAUCGGAACGGACGGCGUUUAUUCCUACACGUUCGAGCAUGAGAGACGGAAGGAUUGUCCUGUCUGUGGAGGAGAGUCCUUGGACAUUACUGUUGGUAAGGAAUGGACUGUUGAAAGGCUCAUCGAAAUGUUGGUCGAGAAAGAAGAUAUCCAAAUCAAAAGGCCAUCUCUAUCCACAUCAAAGAAGCAGAUAUACUUCCAAGCUCCGCCGCAGCUAGAGCAAGCGACACGACCAAAUCUAGAGAUGAAAGUAUCAGAGUUGCUCGAAGACGGCGACGAGAUUACGGUCACUUCUUCCACUCUUCCAUUCAACCUUUCCCUCCGCAUCAAGUACACUUAGACUGUAGAAUCAUAUAUCUCUUCUGUUGCUCAAUGUUCUCGUCGUCGCAUAGCACUCUAGCACCCUGUAUUUUCGUUCAUGAAUUCAUGUAUCUUUUUAGCAUCGUAGUGUUCAUCCCAAGCCAUUCCACUAAAGGCUGAGUAAGGCAAUUCAAGUUCAUCUUAGU